AUGGCAGAAAGUGUAGUGAAGUUUUUACUUGACAAGCUCAAUUCGUUAAUUGAAGGAGAGGUGGUGCUGUUCUCAGAAAUUCAAGCACAGGUCAGGGACACGGUUGAUGAAUUAGAGCGUAUUCAGGCGUUCUUAAGGGUUGCUGAUGCAAAGGAAGAUGGUGAUCCUCAGCUCAAACUAUGGGUCAGAAAAGUAAGAGAAGUGGCUCAUGAGAUGGAAGAUGUCCUGGAUAAAUUCAGGCUGUUCUAUUCCAAUGAUCCCCCGCCUGGAUUUUGUACUUUACUUGACAAGCUUAUUUGCUUCAUCAAGAUAUGGAAAGCUUACCAUCAAACUGCUGCUGAUAUUGAAUGCCUAAACUCGAGAAUCAGAAGCCUCAGAGAUGGACAUGACAGAUACCAAAUUGUUGACCAACCUGGCUCCACUUCUUCCCGCCGAAGUGGGCACCGUCUGUUUGUUCAAGGGGAUGACCUCUUACUGGAAGCAGCUGAUCUUAUGGCAAUCAGGGAGCAGCCUAAAAAUCAGCUGAUCGAGCUGCUUAUGAAACAUGAGCCAGGACUCCAGGUGGUAUCGGUGGUUGGGAUGGGCGGAUUGGGCAAAACUACCUUGGUAAAGCAGGUGUAUGAGGACCCCGAGGUUAGGAAACGCUUUAAGGUUCAUGCUUGGAUCACUGUUUCUCAGUCAGUCAGUAUGAACCAGCUCCUUAGAUCCAUGAUUCAUAACAUCUUCCAAGUUAUUCAGAAACCACCUGAGGAAGAGGUUGAUAGCAUGAACAACAACCAGCUCCGAGAAAGAAUCCAAAAGUUGCUGCAGCAAAGCAGGUACCUGAUUGUUCUUGAUGAUUUGUGGCAGACAGAUGCCUGGGAUGUCAUCAAUAAAGUAAUCCCCAAUAACAAACUAGGUAGUCGAGUAAUGCUCACUACUCGUAUUCAUGCUGUAGCACAAGCCUCUUGCUUGGGCACACAAGGUAUGGUCUACAUUUUGGAGCCCUUAUCUGUAGAAGAGUCUCGAACUCUUUUAUAUAAGAUGACAUUUCAGGCAGACUCAUGCCCACAAACCUUGAAGGGCAUUUGUGACUGCAUCUUAAACAAAUGUGGAGGGCUGCCCCUAGCAAUUGUAGCAAUUGGGGCUGUUCUAGCUGCGAAAGACAAGAAGAAUAUAGAUGAAUGGACUGCUAUCUGUGGAAGUAUUAGUGCCGAGAUUCAGCAAAAUGAUCAGCUUGAAAAUAUGAAGGAAUUACUAUAUCUCAGUUUCAGUGAUUUACCAUACCAGCUGAAAUCAUGUUUCUUGUAUUUGAGCAUCUUUCCUGAUCUCUACAACAUUGAGCGUAUGAGAUUAAUUCGGUUAUGGUUAGCUGAAGGAUUUCUGAUCACAAUGGAAGGAAAGACACCAGAAGAAGUUGCAGAGAGUUACCUUAAGGAGCUAUUGGACAGAUGUUUGAUUCAAGCAGCAGAAACAGCAACUGAUGGGAGAGUUAAGUCAUAUCGUAUCCACAAUUUUCUACGAGAGAUAUUUAUUUCCAAGUCCAAGGAGCAAAAUUUUGCAGCAGUAGUGAAAGAGGGAGAUACAAUGUGGCCUGAAAAAGUUCGAAGACUAUCAAUAGUUAACUCAGUGCAGAAUGUACAAAAAAAGAGGCCUCCAUCUACACUUCGCUCUUUGCUCAUCUUUGGGGCAGAAGGUUCACUUACUAACUUGUCCAUACCAAAAUUAUUUCCUAAAGGUCUUCAGUUGCUUACUGUAUUAGACUUGCAAGGAGCACAUAUAGAGGUCUUUCCAAAAGAGGUUUUUAAGCUGGUUCUUCUCAAGUUUCUUAGCCUGAGGGGUAGCAAGGUAAAACAAGUUCCAACCUCCAUCAAGAAUUUAAGAUACCUACAGACUCUGGACCUUAAACACUCCCAUGUCGUUGAAUUGCCAUCUGAGAUUUUAAAGCUUAAGCAACUUCGCCAUCUCCUGGUGUAUCGUUACGAAGUUGAGUCUUAUGCACACUUUAAUUCCAAGUAUGGAGUAAAGGUUCCUGCAGGAAUCUGUGGCUUGGAAAAGCUCCAAAAGCUGUGUAAAAUAGAGGCAAAUCAAGAUAAUUAUGCUUUAAUGGCGAACCUCGGAAGCUUGACUCAGCUGAGGAGGUUAGGCAUUCUAAAAUUGAGACAAGAAAAUGGAACAGCCUUAUGCUUAUCCAUCCAAAAGAUGAAGAACCUUCGUGCAUUGUCUGUAUCUUCAGUGAAGAAGGAAGGGAUAAUUGAUCUGAGCCAUCUUUCUUGUGCUCCUGAAUUUCUUCAGCGACUGUACUUGACAGGUCGUUUAGAAAGCUUACCACACUGGAUUUCUUCUCUUCAAAACCUGGCCAGACUAUUCCUAAAAUGGAGUCGAUUGAAGGAGGAUCCUCUUGUCCAACUUCAAGGUUUGCCAAAUUUGGUACAUCUAGAACUCCUACAAGUUUAUGAUGGGAAUAGCUUGCAUUUUGAGGCAAAAGGGUUCCCAAGUCUGAAGUUACUAGGUAUUGAUAAAUUAGAAGAACUUCAAUCAGUAACUAUAGAUAAGAGAGCAAUGCCUUGUCUAGAAAAGCUUAUUAUCCAGCGGUGUAAAUUGUUGAAGAAGGUCCCAUCUGGCAUCGAGCUUUUAACCAGUCUAAAGUUGCUUGAAUGUUUUGAUAUGCCAGAUGAAUUUAUCAUGGCACUACAUCCAGAUGGUGGAGAAGAUCACCAGAAAGUCGCUCGUAUCCCGGCGGUUUAUUAUUCCUAUUGGAAAGGUGGCGGUUGGGAUGUCUAUUCAUUAGUCAAUGACGGGGAGGGAUCUCAUCAAGGUACUUCUGCCAUAAGGAGGGUCGAACCUAAUAUACUAUGGAAGGUCUAG